UUUCUAGGUUGCUGCUCCCUCAUCCUUUUUCUCUUCUCUUCUUUCUCUUCAUUCAUCUUGUCCUCACAUCUCUCAACCAAACUUUUCACGAUACAAACGACUUAAUACUAUUCAUCAUGUCUUCUGCUCUCGACCAGCUCAAGGCCACCGGCACUACUGUUGUGUCUGACUCUGGUGACUUUGCCUCCAUUGGCAAGUACAAGCCUCAGGAUGCUACCACCAACCCUUCUCUCAUCCUCGCUGCCUCCAAGAAGGAGGAGUACGCCAAGCUGAUCGAUGUCGCCAUCGACUACGCUAAGCAGAAGGGUGGCUCUGUCGACCAGCAGGUUGACGAUGCCCUCGACCGCCUCCUCGUUGAGUUCGGCAAGGAGAUUCUCAAGAUCAUCCCCGGCAAGGUCUCCACCGAGGUCGACGCUCGUUACUCUUUCGACACCGAAGCUUCCGUCAACAAGGCUCUCCACCUUAUCGAGCUCUACGGCGAGCAAGGUAUCUCCAAGGACCGCAUCCUGAUCAAGAUUGCUGCUACCUGGGAGGGUAUCAAGGCUGCCGAGAUCCUCCAGCGUGACCACGGCAUCAACACCAACCUUACUCUUAUGUUCUCUCUCGUCCAGGCCAUUGGUGCUGCUGAGGCUGGUGCUUACCUCAUUUCUCCCUUCGUCGGCCGUAUCCUUGACUGGUUCAAGGCCUCUACCAAGAAGGAGUACACCAAAGAGGAGGACCCUGGUGUCCUGUCUGUUAAGCAGAUCUUCAACUACUACAAGAAGUUCGGAUACAACACCAUUGUCAUGGGCGCCUCGUUCCGCAACACUGGCGAGAUCACCGAGCUCGCUGGCUGUGACUACUUGACUAUCUCUCCUAACCUGCUCGAGGACCUCCUCAACUCCUCUGACUCUGUUCCCAAGAAGCUCGAUGCUUCCCAGGCCUCUUCUCUAGACAUCGAGAAGAAGUCUUACAUCAAGGACGAGGCUCUCUUCCGCUUCGACUUCAACGAGGACCAGAUGGCUGUUGAGAAGCUCCGAGAGGGUAUUAGCAAGUUCGCUGCCGAUGCUGUCACCCUCAAGGGCAUCCUCAAGGAGAAGCUCUCCUAAGUUACAUGCGCUUGAUAAGCCAAGAAAAUGAUUUAAAAGUUACAAAACUCUUGUCGGGGAAGAAGCCGUAUCGAGUUGAUUGCGAGCAAUGAGCUUGAAUCUACACGCGAUCUUUAUUGGAGGUUACCGAUUAUACCACAUACCUACUCUAGUCUAAAACCACAUAGCUUCGCCUAAGUCGUGGCGAUGUGGCGAACCACGAUCUGAUAGGGGCAUUAGUUGUCCAUGGAAACAGAUAGUGGCUACAUAACGAAUCGAGACGACAUGUUACGCCCAAAGCUCAUGGUAUUGCAACGC